AUGGCUCAAGUUGAAGCAGGAGCUUCCAAUGCUCAUGGCCCCAGGCCAGUGGUGCACACUGAUGGCACUGUCGACUACAUCGACGCUGAUGCUAUCGGGGGUGAGAUGCAGGACAUGCCCAAGGGCUACUUUAGGAGCCUGCCCUUCCUCGGAACAGUCGUGGCCCAAUGUCUCGGCUCCAUCGUCGCCUACAUGGGCUGGGUCCUCCCCGCCAACACACUGACCCUCAUCAACGCCGAACUCGGCAACUCGCCCAACAUCAACUGGGUCGCGACCGUAUGGACACUCUCCAGCUGCGUGGGGUUCCUCCUCAUCGGGCGCCUCUCCGACAUCUUUGGCCGCAAGUGGAUUGUCCAGGGGUCAAUGGUCCUGUCCAUAAUCGGAUGCAUCAUGGGCGCGCGCGCGACCUACGUCGAGAUGCUCAUCGGCGCCAACGUCUUCAAUGGCAUCGCGGCUGCGGGUCAGCUCUCGUUUGGGAUUAUCCUGGGUGAGCUCGUCCCGAAUAAGUACCGCGGGGUGAUUGUGACGAUUGUGUUCAUGUCGUCACUGCCCUUUGCGGUGUUUGGGCCUGUCAUUGCGAGGCUGCUUAUCCAGAAUACGGAGCAGGGGUGGCGCUGGAGUUAUUAUAUCGGGCUGAUUCUGGCGGUGAUCGCGACGGGGCUGUAUCACUUUCUGUAUCAUCCGCCCAAGUACGCGCAGCUGCAUGUGGGGGGUCAGACAAAGUGGCAGAUGUUCAAGGAGCUGGACUUUGUUGGCAUCUUCCUCUUCGUCGCGGGGUGUGUUCUCUUCCUCAUUGGGCUCUCGUGGGGAGGGACGACGUACCCCUGGGUGAGCGCUCCAACCCUGUGCACAAUCCUACUCGGUCUCGUUACAAUAGCCGCUUUUAUCCUAUACGAAGGCUUCAUCUGCAAAACCCGCCCCUUCAUGCCCCCGCGCCUCUUCAAGCACGCCGGCUUCGUCGCCAUUGUCGUCAACGCUGCCGUCGCCUCAAUGGUCUACUACUCCUUUACAGUAUUAUGGCCAACAAUCAUCUCUUCAAUCUACACGACCGACUCCAUCCAGGUCGGCCUGCAGAGCUCCGUCGUCGGUGGAGGCAUUCUCCUCGGGCAGAUCAUGGGCGGGAUGGCGCUGGGGUUUCUCCCGGGGGUCAAGUACCAGUGCAUCAUUGCGUCGUGCCUGGCUAUAUCGUUUAUCACCCCGCUCAGUGCGCUAGGCCCGGAUACGUGGGAGAUGACGAUUGCGUUGGGGGUUUUGGGGUGUAUUGGUUUGUUCAACACCUCCCUCCUCUUUUCCUCGAUCGAAAGAGGGCUGGCUGGUCUGGACUGGUCUGACAAUUAUUUAGCUGUCGGCUACAUCGAAAACAUCACCUUCCCCGGCGUAACCCUCGUCGUAGAACCGCAAGACAUCGGCCUCGCAACGGGGGUCCUGGGCUCCCUCCGCGCCCUCGGCGGCGCAAUCGCCCAAGCCGUCUACGUCUCUGUCCUGGACAACGAACUGCAGAAGAACAUCCCCGCAUACGUCGGGCCCGCCGCAACAUCUGCCGGUCUCCCCGAGUCAUCCCUCACGGCUUUACUGUCUGCACUGUCCGCGUCAUCCGGGACAUCCUCGUCGAGUCUUGACGCCGUCCCGGGGAUUAAUGAUGGCAUUGUUGCGGCGGCGAGCGCGGCGAUGAAAGUAGCGUAUUCGAGGAGCUUCCGGGUUGUGUUUUUCUGCACGGUUCCGUUUAGUGUUGUGCUGAUUGUGUCGAGCUGUUUUGUGCCGAAUAUGGGGCGGUUUACGCAUCUUAAUGUUGCGAGGAGGUUGCAGGGGGGUAAGCAGGAAAAGGGGGAGGGGGAGGAGGAAGAGGAUGGCAAGGGGAAUGUGCAGGAGUUGGAGGAUGUGACUCGGAGGGUUUGA